GGCGCGCAGUUUCGUGUCGACUCUUCAGUGUUUCUCCGCGCUUCCGUUCGUGCGUUUUGGUUGUAGUUCAGUGUGGAAGAAAGUAACGUCGGCUAGACUUCAAAAUUGAAUUUAGUGUUUUAGAGAGGAUUGAAAGUCACCGCUUUUCGAAUACCGUGAAAAAAUGGCUGAAAGUAAGGGUGCGUUGAUCGCGAAGACAGUGCAAAAACACGCAGGCAGAGCAAAGGAAAAGUUUCUUCAAAAUCUGGGCAAGGUGGACAGAACUGCGGACGAUAUAUUCGACGAGCAUCUGCAGAACUUCAUGAGGCAACAGAAUGCCGCGAACAGACUGCAAAAGGAGUUUAACAAUUACAUCAGAUGCGUUCGAGGUUUUCCAGUGUGUCCAUCUGUCUGUCUGUCUGACUUACUGUGGAGCAAAUACGCGGUGCAAGCAGCGUCGAAGACGCUCAUGGAUUCCCUGAACGAGAUCUACGAAAGUCAGUGGACCGGUCAUGAUCUUUUGUACGUGCAAGCUCAAAAUCUUGACAUGUUGUGGCAAGACUUCACUCACAAACUAGCGGAUCAGGUGCUCGUGCCUCUGAACACCUAUCAAAGUCAAUUCCCGGAGAUGAGGAAAAAGAUCGACAAACGUGGACGAAAAUUAGUCGAUUAUGAUAGUCAGAGGCACAACUUCCAAUCACUACAAUGCAAUCCAAGGAAACGGGACGAGCUUAAAGUAUCUCGAGGAAAAGAGAUGUUGGAGGAGGCUAAACGUACAUACGAGCAGUUAAAUUCGGAGCUUCACGACGAGCUACCUGCGCUGUACGACUCACGCGUUCUUUUCCUCGUUACUAAUUUGCAGACUCUUUUUGCUGCUGAGCAAGUGUUUCACACUGAGAGCGCUAAGGUAUAUUCUGAGCUAGAAGCGAUCGUCGAUAAAUUGGCAAAUGAGAGUCAGAGGGGCUCGUACACACUAAAGAAGAAUACUGAACCACAAUCUCCAAAAUCACCGAAUGCCAACUCUUCUUUAAUAAUCAACACACAACCAGCUCAGAAUAACAUUUCACCAGCCGUGGAUGAAUCUGCUCCGGCAGCGAGAAAUACGUCGCCGACUACUCAAUUAAACGGCAAUGCUAACAGCAAUGCUAACAGCAAUGAUAAUUCCCUCAAUAAUCAGGACGCAUCCCCGCAAAGCACAGUAGCGGCCUCUAAGCGAGUCGAAGAGCUGUACGAUAUUCCAGUCGACGUGGAAUAUGAAAAUGGUACCGAUUUCUCUGUAGGGGCAACGACUGAUAACUUGCCACCUGGGGUUUUGUAUAGAGUCAAGGCUACUUACAAAUACAGACGCGAGGAUGCAGAUGAAUUGUCGUUUGAUGUUGGUGAUAUUAUUCGUGUAGUGGAGUACGAUGAUCCAGAAGAACAGGAACAAGGCUGGUUAAUGGGUAUCAAAGAAGGUACGAAUGAGAAGGGUAUGUUUCCAGCAAACUUCACGAAACCUCUGUGAGAGCUUUACUAAAUUUGUCUAUUACACUCCAAUGCUCACUGCAAUAGCGUAUUCUGUUUAAAGAAAAUAGUUACAACUUGUAAAAAGUGAAAACGAUUAAAUAAUGAGUAAACAAUGAGGGGCAAUGGGAAAGGAAGGGGGUGUGAUGAGAUGGUUACGCUGGAAGGUACUGCGGAGAAUUUAUCACCCCAAAGUGCCUUAACCCAGCCACUGUCUGUGCCAACGUUCAUUGUCUGUAACAUGGGACACUUAAUCCCAUUUUUCAAUAUACCAAUACACAUCAUUAAUAAUCAAAUAAAAUAUUUAAGCGAAUAAUAUAUUGUAAUACAUCAUGCAAUACUAUAAUAUAUAUACAUAUAUAUAUAAUUUUAUGAAAAGUGUACAUAGAAUUAUACAUUUUAAGAAUAUUUUAUGAAAUAACUUUGUGGCCACAGAAAUUCGGAAAACUAUUAUUAAGAACUAAUUUAAUGAUCACGACGCAUUUUUUUGGCGAGAAAUGAUCAAAAAUUGGAAAUCCAAUUACCUAUUUGCAUUCUUUUUAUGAAGGUUUUACAUUCUUUACUUAUACAAUGAGAAAGGUUAGAACCAUAGAUACCAUUAAUUUUCAAGAAAUAUAAAUCAGUUUCAAUAUACUAAUAUCGAAUCAGGAAAUGAAGAUGUUGGAAUAAACAGAAUUUUUUAUUAACAUGAGUAUCAUACGUUGUGUAUAAUAUGCUGGGAUAUACACAAAAGUAUAUGGUUAAAAUUUUAUUUACAUCUCUUUUAUCCUUUAUCGUAGUACGUUGUGAACAUUCUAUGACCAAGUAUUUUUCUGACAUACGUACAUACAUAUUGCAUAGAAAAUCAAAUGACGGUGAUUAGAUUACUGCCUUUGCUUCUAUUCGUGCAGUAAGAGUAGAACAAAUAUCAAUAAAUGGUCCAAUGACGAAAAUUUGUAGUGUUAAUUAAUACUCGUUCAAUAUACUGACAAAAUUUUGCAUCAAACUUUAUAUAUAAUAACUAGCGUUACAAUGAUAUAUUAGUACAAGGAGAGUAUCAACUUCAGCUUCCACUAAGUUGUGUGUCCUUUUGUCAUUAUAUUGCAUUGAUCUAAGACGAAGAGAAUAUAGGAAAGUUGGAUUGCUUAUUUUAUAAAUGAAAUGCUUUAUGAUUGAACGAUUGAUCCAUUGUCACACUAACAGUUAACCCUAUGUACGAAUUAAAACUCUAAACAAAUGAUACGUUCACUUGAGAAGCAUUGUAGGUGCAUGUUAUGAAAAUGUGUCUACUAUUUUACAGUUAUAUAUUUAUGAUAUUGAUGAUAAAUAAACGUAUAUUUAUACUCUAUAAAGUGGACCAACAGGAAAUCAUGCAAAAGAAAAAAAAAGAAAAUGAAGCUAUUCUUACAGUAAUAACAAAGAAUAGCUGGUAUUAGUGUACUUUUUCUGUUCUUAAACAUGAAACGAAUUUAUAGAUGUUAAAUUUAAUUAAUGCAACAAAUAUUAUUAUCAUAUAACACAUCAUGCUUCACUUUAAUAUUUUUACAACAUAAUCUUCAUACAUAAUUUGAAUACGAACACAUUCCAGUGAUUGCAAAUAAAUAAUUUCAAUUCUAUUUCAAUGAUCAAACAAAAUUUUAAUUAAUUUGAACAUUAUUAUUGAAUUGUUAAUAAUUACGUUGGUUCAGUUUCAUACAGUUUAUUCUAUUCAUUAUUCACACAAUAAUACAAAAAAGCAGAACAGUGAAGCAUGAAAAUUGUUUAUUUAUUCAAAUUUAGUUUAUUGGUUGUGUACAUGGUAGCAUUGUUUUAAAAAUGAUCAAGUAGCAAAUAUUGAUGUAUAUUAAAAAUGUGCCAAUAUGAUAUAGUAUUACUAAUAUUAUCGAUGUAUAUUAUUAAUAUAAUGCCACUGAUGCAACUAUGAGGUUGCAAGCUAAACACAGUUUUUAGUAUUAUCUUUAAAAGAACAGUUAUAAACAUCAAGAACAUAAAUAAUAAUGCGAGGAGUAAUCAUAAUUAUUUGACGAUGAAUCUGUUAAUAUUAUUAAUACAAUGUAUUAUUCAAUUCAUUGAGGAAGCAAACAAAUGCAUUUAAUUUAACUUAAAAGAAAUGACUGGUAAACAAGUAUAUUAUUCUUCCUGCUUCCUCAGGAAAAAAAACGAUAUAAACCACAAAUUUGAUAAUAUUCUACACGGUAGAUGUAAAAUGUAAUCAAAAAUAUCAUAUCAUAAAGUAACUGUUCUAUAUCAUUUUAAUAUAUUUGUAAAGAAUAAUAUGAAAAGUAUAUAAAACUACAGUAAAUAAUGUUUUCUGAACUUACGCGUAGAAAAUAAUUUAUUAUCUAUGAAGAUAUUAUGUUUUAAAAAUAGCGAUCGCUACCUGCCUUCUUUAUAUUGUAUUUAUUAAUUUAUUAUUAAUAUAACAUGCAAGCAACAAGCAACUGUUGAUAUUGAUUAGAGUUUUUAAUGCACCCAUGUAAUAAUAAAGAGAUCUGAAAUUUAGUGUAGCAGUGGAGCAACCAGUUGUUAUAUCAUUUAUAAUUAUAAUGCGUAUACACAUUUAUGGCUAUAAUUGUCCUUUUCAGUUAAAAACGAUUAUAAUAAACAAUUACUGGUUUGUAACAUAAGCGUUUAUGAUUCAAAUACAUGUUUUGUUUAAUAAUA